AGAAACUCAUGUACAUCACCCUUUCCCACCCCUCAGGAGACACCGUCUUCCUCCCCCUGGAAGACAGAUCUUGUGAGCUGGCCUUCACCUCUUGUAGCUCUUGUACUUUUACGAAAGACUACAAACCAAUGUGAGAGGCUGCCUAGGCCUGGAAGGUAGCUCCACAGUGGCUAUAGAUCUUGAAUGGAAAGAUCCUCAGGAACUCACCAGGCUUGAUUCUGAGAUGGCAGCAGUUUAAGGCUCUCAAUUUGGAGGAAUGACCUGCCACCAGUUGCUUGGCCAAAGGCAUUGUAUGAGUACUCCUGCCUGAGAGACUGUUGGGAGACCAAUUUCUAAUCUGGAUCCUUGAGAUGGGAAGAUUCACCUUUAACCUGGGUCAUACCGUCACACCAUCUGCUGGCAGCCAUGGAAGAAGGAAGCUUGCUCUCUUUGCUUCAUUACUCUCAUUCUCACUGUCAAGUGCAUUCCUUCACUGGCAUUAGAGCAUAUUUCUUCAGGAUUCCAGUGUAUACUACAGACCAUCUGAGAUGUCCAGACUCAUGGACUGAACAACUACUGGACUUCCCAUUGGUAAACAGGCAUAGUUGGACUGGCUGGACCAGAGACUAAAAAAAAUGGAAACACUUCAGAAUGUUGUAACAGGCGGAAAGAAAGGUGGCUGCACCUCAGGGUCAAGGCCACUGAGGAUCCUCCUGGUGGGCAAAUCUGGCUGCGGUAAAAGCGCCACAGGGAACAGCCUCCUCCGACGACCAGCAUUCGAGUCCAGGCUCAGAGGCCAGUCUGUGACAAGGACCAGCCAGGCAGAGACAGGCACAUGGGAGGGGAGGAGCAUCCUAGUGGUAGACACACCCCCCAUCUUUGAGUCAAAGGCCCAGAACCAAGACAUGGACAAGGACAUCGGAGACUGCUACCUGCUGUGUGCCCCAGGCCCCCAUGUGUUGUUGCUGGUGACCCAGCUGGGACGCUUCACAGCUGAAGAUGUCAUGGCUGUGAGGAUGGUGAAGGAGGUCUUUGGGGUAGGGGUCAUGAGGCACAUGAUCGUCCUCUUCACCCGCAAGGAAGACCUGGCAGAGAAGUCCUUGGAAGAGUUUGUGACCCACACUGACAACCGCAGCCUGCGCAGCCUGGUUCAGGAGUGUGGGAGGAGGUACUGUGCCUUCAACAACAGGGCCUCUGGGGAGGAGCAGCAAGGGCAGCUGGCAGAGCUCAUGGCCCUGGUGAGGAGGCUGGAACAGGAGUGUGAAGGCUCCUUCCACAGCAAUGACCUCUUCCUUCAUGCCGAGACACUCCUUAGAGAAGGUUACAGUGUGCACCAGGAAGCCUAUAGGUGCUACCUGGCCAAGGUGAGGCAGGAGGUGGAGAAACAGAGGUGGGAGCUGGAGGAGCAGGAGGGCAGCUGGGUCCUCAAGGUCCUCCCCAUAGGCAAAAAGUUGGAGGUGUUGCAUUCAGAUUUUUGUUGGUAUUUGGUGUUGGCCAUAUUAAUCUUCUUCGUUUUCUUUUUUCUCUUAUUUUAUGUUUAAUGCUCUGCAUUUUAUUGUGGAUUGGGAUCACUCACAAAUAUUGUGUUUUCUACCUAUGGGAAAAAAAGUGUGAAGUGUGGUAUGUCCUGGUGUUUUCAAUUGUUAAUUAAGCCAGCAACAGGCUAGCAGGAUAUGUAAAGGUUUGUCAUUUCCUGCCCCCAAAAAGAAAGGCAAGCUGCCUUGGGGAAGGUGAUCUUCCUCCAUGUAGCCCCCAAAGCUGUUGGAGACCAUACCGUGAGAAAGGGAGCUUUUCACAGUCUCCCACCCUGACAGGCCAAAUGGCCUUGUGCUAAGGAGCCGGUUGUCACUCCCUUCUCCCUGUUUCCUUCCUGGCACCAGAGUCUGUAAAAGCUGAAUUAUAGUCCCCUCUUCCUGACUCCCAUGACAUCCAAGGACAGUUAUGCGCUGAGCCCGGCCUGACACCCAAGGCUGUUAAGGAGGAUCUAUGUUCCGGAGAUAAGACUCAGAGUGCCCGCCACCUGGCGCCUGACUUCAGCCCUCAUGUCCCCUGAUGCCCACUUCUUUGUUCUUUGUUAAUUCCCCCUCAACCCCUCCCUAUACCCCUCAAUGCGUGCUUUAAAACUCGGCGUUUCAGCCUAAUAAACAGAGACCUUGAUAGGAAAGA